CUGGGUAUUAGACAUGAAAGAAUCGCCAUAAAGAAGGUGUUUGGGUUUGUACAUUUCUGACUAAACAUCACAGUUUAACCGCAACCAAUGAGCUGCUAGAGAGAGCGAGAGAGCAGUUUUCCACUGACGUGGACCAAUCAGAUUAAAGAACACACAACCGCAUGAAAGAGCUUCAGCAGCACGAGCCGCUCAGCACCAGUGUCUGAGAUGGAGACAUCAAGAGUCGCUCUCAUCGCUCUCGUGUGUGUUGUGUUCUCCAGUCAGAAGAGGAUCUCUGGAGCAGAAGUGGAGAUGAGAGUCAGACGAGGAGGAGACGUCACUCUCUACUCCGACUGUGUUUGGAAAAGUGGAUUAGAUGUUGUAUGGUUCAAACACUGCUCAUAUAGAGAUCAUCCUGCUCUCAUUAUAUCUGCUGCAGAUUUGAUGCGUGAUGCUUUUCCACGAUACUCGUCUGUGCAGAAUAAGACCAAUAACACACACAAUCUGCUGAUUAAGAAUGUCACAGAAUCAGAUAUGGGCCUGUACUACUGCGCUGUAAUUGAGAAAAAGCUUACAAGUACCAAGAAGUUUCGUUAUGGAAACAGAUCCACUCAACUUUCUCUACUUGGUCUCACACUGCACUUCAUUUCAUCCACAGCAGGAGUCCAACCUGAUCAGGGAAGAAAUGACAAAAUACAGAUUCAAAGGAGUGACAUGGAUGAAGGAGAAGAGGUUUGUUACGCGUCACUGGACGUCAAGAAGCUGAAGAAGGAAAAUAGUCAGAGAGAUCAGCACUCUGAUUUCAGCACGUAUUCAGAGGUCAGAAUGAGAGCAGCUGAGGAGGAGUGA